AGGGAUGAGGGCAGCGGAUUUACGAACACGGAUGCUGAUGAGAGAACCACGAAAAUACGUCGGACGCAUGGUCGCAGAGAAUGACACGGCAAGCCAAGAGUUUACAUUCACUAACUCUGAGGAAAGGCAUCUUUGUAUCAUCGACUUGGUUCUUUGUUUUUGAAUUGAAAUCAUAACUGCGGCUAAUGCUGCAUGUCCUCACAUUAAAAUGCCAGCGGGGCUGAAUGCGCAAGGCAGCGGUACACCUACUUCAGACGCGAUGGGGUCAUUUAAAAGGAGGAAAAGAAAGUCCAUCAUUGUAACAGUGAUGCUCCUUAUUGUAUCUAUACUUAUCCUGGUCUUUGGGCUGGCCGCUACUACUAGGACGCAAAACAUCACCGUUGGUGGCUACUAUCCAGGAGUCAUUCUUGGCUUCGGGUCCUUUCUCGGAAUCAUUGGCGCCCAUUUGAUAGAGAAUAAGAGGCAGAUGCUGGUGGCCUCCAUUGUCUUCAUCAGCUUUGGUGUGGUGGCUGCCUUCUGUUGUGCUAUUGUGGACGGAGUCUUUGCUGCAAGACAUAUAGACCUCAGACCUCUAUAUGCUGGCCGAUGUGAAUAUUAUUCCAGUGGAACCUCAUUUGAUUUAGAUGUCCACUGUCAAACUGCAUCUCGGGUCUCCUGUAACCUGCGUGUGAAGAGCAACACCUGCUACUGCUGUGACCUUUACAACUGUGGCAAAGAGCAUCCUCUUAUGGGACUUCAGAAUAAAGAUGUUUUGAAAAAAUUUAGGAAAUCCUCCAUGAUUUGGAAUCGGGUGGAGCUGCGAGGUGGGUACCAUGAGUACACAGAGGUGCGGAGCUGCCAGGAUGUUGUGCACCUUUACCACCUGCUGUGGUCUGCUACUAUCCUCAACAUUGUUGCUCUGUUUCUGGGCAUCAUCACAGCAGCAGUGCUGGGGGGCUUCAAGGACAUGGUGCCUACAGCUGCACCAGAUUCCUGUCAGCCAGAACCUCUUCCUGUACCUCCACCUCCAGAGACUCCUGGCCCCACCACCUCCAACAACUCUUUAUACAACACUGCCCCCUGCUUACCUCCAUACACUGCCUAUGACCUUCAGGGUGCCAUCAUGUUCCCUGACUCUUUGGGCUUGUCUGAUGACUCCCAGACUGGAGCCAGUCACAUGUGGCCACAUAUGGUCCCACCUCGUUAUUCUCCUCCUUAUUACCCACCUGAUGAGAAGCCCCCACCAUACAGCCCCUAAGGGACCAGCCUGAGGAGCAAGGAAACACAUUUUGCUGCCAAGAGUUAGCUGGCAAGUGGGCAUUUUGGGUAUUAGUGUAACAAAUCAUUGAACAAUCAUUGUUCUAAAAGAACAACCAAAGCAGAGGAGGCUUUUGAAAUUUAGUGGCCUUAUCUGCAGCUGCAGAUUAUUGAGGGAAAAGAGUAGAGAUACUACAGCAUUAACCACAGGCAUUCAUCACCACAGAGGCAAUGUAAUAUGCAACAUUAAACUUUGACAAGAUUUGCUCUAGUCAACAAAACUGAUGUGUAAAUUAGUCAUGUCUUUUAGCUUCUAUUCAAGAGGCCUAUACUUAGAAACACUAUCCUCAUCAUGAGAGGAUGAUUGUUCACAGAUAAGCCUUAAAAUGUGUCCGCUUUCAGUAUACUUCCACCUGGCUCGGCAACUCUUCUCUUCCUGUUACAGGUAAUGUCUGUGGAUCUCCUUCUUGUGCUCUGUGAUUCUGCCAUUCUCUUCCUAAAUCAAUAAUGUGAAUGUUUCCCUUCCAAAGUGGCACAACGUGUCUGUUUUGCAUUGCAUCUGCUAUAGUGGUAUAAGGAUGAGUCUCAUAUCUUAUCUUGCAAUUGAUUUGCACUUUAUUGUCUUCGGAAUUUACUGUACUCACACAGAUCUAGAUUAUUACUUGAGUUAUAAACUGUUUUUAACUGUUUUAGGCAGCUAGAUUGCAAUGACCUGUACAUAUUUUAAGGCUGAUUCCCUUUCCGCCUGCUUAAUGAGGAUGCAAGAUCUUGCUUUUGCAAUGUCAAGCACGCAAACUAAUUCAAAUAGUCUUUUGACAAAUAUGUUUUAAUUUUCUUAUGCAAAGUUACAAGCUCUGAAAAACUUACAUGCAUCUGCCUUUUUGUGUUGCUGUUAUUUCUGUCUAAAUUGUUAUCAAAUGUAAAUGAGGCUUAGCUUUAUGAGAAACAAUUAAACUGUAUAAACUGAAAACACUUAAAUGUCACUGUGUAAUAACAAAGACAUUCGAUAUUCUCUCCACAUUGCAAAUGUGUUCAGUUUGUGUGCAAUGCUGUACAUGUUGUACAUAUACCGAACAAUCAACAUUUAUCUUGCCUUCCUGUAAUGAAACAUAAGUCUUAAGACUUCUAGUUUUAUUAUUUCAUCCGUGUGUUCACUGUGAAUGUUAAGUUUAUACACUGCACUUUAUGUGUCUGAUUUAUAUCAAGAAAGUUGUCCUUUAGUGAAGCUACAUUCAACAGUUCUGCAACUUCCUGGUUGAUAUGUGGGUGCAGCUGAUGGUGAUUGUACAGUCAUAUGCUAUAAAGAGAACUUAUAA